ACUCUGGGCUCUGUGUGUCUGUCACUGGAGCCAAGAAGUGUGGGAGGGCUUUUGACAACUCUUUAUACAUUACCAGUUCCUGUCUUUUUUUUCUCAUCUUGUGUGUUACUGUCACUCUGUCUCUUACUGUCUUUUUUUCUUUCGGUUUCUCUAAACAUUUUUUUGCUUCAAUCUGGGUCCCAGUCUAACUUAUUACACUCUGCGUAAAUAUGGUCAGCGUCAGUUUGCAGAGCACUGAAGAACAUCAGCGCAUCUGGAAAUAAAUUGUCCAAACUGACAACGAGAGCAGAUUUCAAGGAAUCGAUUUUUCAAAGACUCUUUGGCUGCACCUGCCUUCUUUCCUCUCCCACAACCAACCGGCAUUCCGCUCCCGUAGGCUGUGCACCCCGCCAUACUGACAGAGAGUCCCUGUCGGCCUGAUGUCCUCAGUUGUAGCCCCGGAAAAACCCACCUCUAACACCAUGGGCCCCAAAGAGGUGGAGCUGAUCCUGGUGAAGGAGCAGAAUGGGGUUCAGUUCACCUCAACCACCUUAGUGGCUCCAACUCCUUCUCAGACCAACCGCAGUGGGGAGGAGGAGAGGGAGACCUGGGGGAAGAAAAUCGACUUCCUCCUGUCUGUGAUCGGAUUCGCCGUAGACCUCGCCAAUGUCUGGAGAUUCCCCUACCUCUGCUAUAAGAAUGGAGGAGGUGCAUUCCUGGUGCCAUACCUGUUCUUCAUGGUGAUAGCAGGCAUGCCUCUCUUCUACAUGGAGCUGGCUCUGGGACAGUACAACAGAGAGGGGGCAGCAGGGGUCUGGAAGAUCUGUCCCCUAUUUAAAGGUGUAGGCUUUACAGUAAUCCUCAUUUCCCUCUACGUUGGUUUCUACUAUAAUGUCAUCAUCUCCUGGGCGCUGUUCUACCUCUUCUCCUCGUUCACCAGCGAGCUACCUUGGGUCCACUGCAACAACACCUGGAACAGUCCUAACUGCUCCGACUGGGCUGACAACAGCUCAGUCAAUGAUAUUUACAAGUCCACCCCUGCUCAGGAGUACUUUGAACGAGGAGUGCUACACAUCCAGGACAGUAGUGGUAUUAAUGAUCUGGGCCGUCCACGCUGGCAGUUGACUUCCUGUCUAGGUGUAGUGAUUGUUCUGCUCUACUUCAGCCUCUGGAAGGGAGUCAAGACCUCUGGCAAGGUUGUGUGGAUCACAGCCACAAUGCCCUACGUGGUCCUGACUGUGCUGCUGCUCCGCGGAGUCACUCUGCCCGGAGCCAUUGAUGGCAUUAAGGCCUACCUCUCUGUGGACUUUCUGAGACUCUGUGACGCCAAGGUCUGGAUUGAGGCUGCGACACAGAUCUGCUUCUCUCUGGGAGUGGGGUUUGGUGUGCUAAUUGCCUUUUCCAGCUACAACAAAUUUAGCAACAACUGUUACAGAGACGCCAUCAUCACCAGCUCCAUCAACUCUUUAACCAGUUUCUUCUCCGGCUUUGUGGUCUUCUCCUUCCUUGGGUACAUGUCCCACAAGCACAACGUUGCCCUGGAUAAAGUUGCCAGAGAUGGUGCUGGUUUGGUGUUUGUCAUUUACCCAGAAGCCAUUGCAACAUUACCUGGGUCAUCAGUGUGGGCAGUUAUCUUCUUCAUCAUGCUGUUAACACUGGGCAUUGACAGUGCUAUGGGCGGGAUGGAAUCAGUGAUCACUGGGCUGAUUGAUGAGUUUAAAUUCCUCCACAAGCACAGAGAGCUGUUCACCCUCUUCAUCGUCGUUUCCACCUUUCUCAUAUCCCUUUUCUGUGUUACAAAAUGUAAGUAUCAUGCUGGGCAGUCUGGUGGGAUGUAUGUGUUCACUCUGCUAGACCACUUUGCAGCAGGAACAUCGAUUCUAUUUGGAGUGCUUAUUGAAGCCAUCGGCAUAGCAUGGUUUUAUGGAGUGGACCGAUUCAGCGAUGACAUUGAGGAGAUGAUUGGGCAGCGACCAGGCAUGUACUGGAGGCUGUGCUGGAAGUUUGUCAGCCCCUGCUUCCUCCUGUUUAUGGUGGUGGUGAGCUUUGCCACGUUCAACCCCCCAAACUACGGCUCCUACAUGUUUCCUCCAUGGGCUAACAUGGUGGGGUGGUGUCUGGCCAUUUCCUCAAUGAGCAUGGUGCCUCUUUAUGCCAUCUACAAACUCUGCUCACUGCGUGGAAAGUUUUGCGAUCGACUGGCUUAUGCCAUCACCCCAGAGACAGAGCAUCAUUUAGUGGACAAUGGGGAGGUUCGGCAGUUCACACUGCAUCACUGGUUGGUGGUCUGAAAAAUACAAAGAGAGUGAGAGAGAUUGAAAGAGUGAGAUAAAGAGAAUGGGCAUUGGGUGGAUGAAUGCAUGCGCAGCAAUGGUCUGAAGAGCUAAGAAGAAGAAAUAACCAUUUAUAUCGAUCGCGACGGUGGUGGUGGUGGGAACAGUUUAAAAGUGCCGACAAAAAACCCAUAGAAACUGUAGUGUUCUUUAAUUUCAACAGUGGAUGUGUGAAGCUGUGUGCAUUGGCCCUCUCCACCAUUGUGUUGCCACUGGUGAAUGGGAUUCAUUCAAACAGGUAAUGGCAUUCACACUGCUUCCUCCAUAAAUAGAAAACUCCUCCUGAAGAGUUUUAGCCU